CGACACCGUGCUCCAAAACGUUCCCGUCGGGAAAGGAUUCGAGCAUCCCAUGAGGCCUGGUGUUCGCAGCUACCAGAGCUCGUCAAGGCGUACAUGGCAUGGAAGCACGGUGCUGCAGAGGAGUCACGGCCAUCUUCUUCUGAGGAAGGAGGAGCUGAAUUCACCGUAUGCGCUGUCUAUACCCACGCCUGGAACCCUUCCCUCAAGAUACACCAACAGAAGGACGAGCUAGCCAACGUUGCUCUCAUACAGCGUGGGCUUCUCGGGUGCUCUCCUGUAUCUCCGGAGUACGCCAUCAGCUUGCAAACACUUGAGCUGUAUCAUCGAUUACGGCGCCACCACGCACAACUAGGAUUUCAAGCCCUAACGCGAACCUUGUGUGACCUCAACGGUGUGAACUAUAGCAGCGCCGCUCGCGAUCAUCUGUCGACGGCGUUUGAUGCAUACCUCAGCAUUCUGCGUUACGUUCAAGGUCAAGUCGACAUAGUGCUCGGGCCCACGGGCACGGAGUGGCGCAUGCGUAAUACAUGUCCAUGCUGUACCGCUCGUGUUGAGGGCGAGCCCGAGCUUUCCCCCGCUCGCCUCUUUGCUAUGGAUGGGAACAAUUCAGCAAAGCGUAUAGCCAGCGCGGGCUCGGCGGACGAGCGCGUAUUUCAGAGCAGCUACGUCUUGUCGCGCACUGAGGUGGACCGUUUCAAGGACGAGGUUAAGCGCCGUACUCCGUCCAAGACGACCAAGACGACUGACACACACGAUGCUCGCGAUACGGAUGCAUCUUCUGAUGAAGACGACGCCCCUUGGAUAUCGGAGGACGCGCCUGGGGAUGCACCGGAUGGCCAGACGUCCCCGAGCUCCUGUACGAAAAACUGGAAGGCCAGCGCGGAGGAAAACAACCAACGGGCCCUCAAGAUCUACGAGACAACGGGCAUGUUUGUCGCCGCUUGCCGGCACGGUCUCAUUCAGAAGCUCUGUGAAAUGGUCAAUAGCGGCGAGCUGUAUGUA